GAUAAUUUUACAAUUACAGAAUUUCAAUGUAGGCGUAUAAAUUUCCAGGAAAUUGGCAAAUCUAUCUGGUUACACUCAAUCAUGCUUAUCCUUGAUGACAUUUAACACUCACAUUUAACACAGAUUGAAAACACCAGGAUACUGGUCCAGCCAAGGUAUUUAAGCACUACUCAAAUCAAACCCUAGAACAGGCAGUUUCUACAGCAGGCAUAAUAUUUGAAGAUGAUGUAUGAAGUACAAGCAGCAAUAUGUAUUGUAUGCCUAGUUUUGAGUGGAUAUGGCAAAGGGCAAUGUGCAGGUUCAGACCAAGUUUCCUGCACAUGUUCAUGCCCAUCUGUGACCCCCAAGGUCGUGGCUUUCUCAGUUAUGAGGACCACCCCCAUGGGACCUUUGAAUGCCGACACCAUCAUCAGCUUUGAUAGAAUACUAUCUAAUACAGGCAGUGGCUUUAACCAACAGACCUCCAAGUUCACAGCUCCACUGUCAGGUACCUAUGUUCUGUCAAUGUCUGUGAGUUCUACAAAUAAUGGGUUAUCAUGGGUACGGAUGUACAAGAACACUGAAAACCUGGUAUCUGUACAUGCAUAUGGCAAGCCUUAUGCUAUGGCAUCUAACCAAGUGAUUGUGCCACUGAUGGAAGGAGAUACAGUAUGGCUGGAUUUGGCAGCAACUUCGGCUAUAUUCGGCCAAGGUGGUCCAAGGAUUUACAAUACCUUUUCUGGGUUCAAACUUUAAAAGUUACCAGGCAGAAAAUCUAUUUCCGAGAAUGUUUCACAUUUUCAGACAAGCUCGGCAAUUAUAAAUACUUUAAAUUCAUAAUCUAUAAAUACUUUAAAUUCAAUCUGGCUGCACCUUCAUGACUGUUGAACCUUUUAUUGAUAAGAGAUUAUUUUGAUGUCCAAUGUU